AUGCUCUCUCCUAAAAGCUGCAAACAAACAGGGAUCGAGUAUGAUUCAGAAAUGGAUGAUUUUGUUGAAAAUUUGAUUUUUGGCGAGAGAAUGGAAUUAAUAAAUAUCUCAUCAGCAGCUUUUCUAUUAACUCGAAAUAACUGGAAUUUAAGCAAACAAGAAUUCCAUACGGGACUUAAACAACAAUAUCAAGAAGGAAAAAAGCAAGGCCAGGCAGAUACAAAGGUUGGCAAAGGCAAUUCAAGCUCAUAUAUUCAUCGUGGACGAUGUGGAAUGGCGGUAUAUGUUUAG